AUGAAGGCAGAACCGUUAUACUCUACAUUGGAUUCGAAUAAAGCUAAAUACGCCGAGGCUAGCAUCGAUGCUUUAUUCCAACCACACCACCCAACGCAAUCUUUCGUUGCUCCAAUUAGAGAUGCAGCCAUGGUCCCAAAAAACAUGUUCGAAGCCUUUAUAGAGAUUAAUGGAAGAUAUUACUUCAACGAUUCCGAAACGACUAAUUAUUGCCCUUGUGAUAGUAAGGAAGAAAUGCGAUCACAUAGAAUGUAUCAAGUGGAUAAAAUUAUUUGGGGAUGCCUUCAAUCUUCUCCUGUUACGGAACAAUUAUCAUUAGGUGCCAAAGUUCUUGAUGUAGGGAGUGGCGUGGGAGUAUGGGCUAUGAACACGGCCUCGAACAAUUCUCUCUCAACGGUUAUCGGAGUAGACAUUGCUCCAAUGUUUCCUAAAAACAGUUUACCCAAUACAGCAUUUAUCAGAUGUAAUGUCCUCGAUGGAUUACCGUUUCCGGACUGCACGUUCGAUUUU